GUUGAAGGGUAAUGCUGGCCAGCAGCGACCGCCCUCUUUGGGGGAUUUUUUUUUUUAUUAUUAUUGCGUUUUUUUCAAAAGAAAGACUAGUGUACACGAAGAAAAAAAAAAUUUGGCCAUUGCUCGGUAAUUUUUACUUCUUGGGCCCGGUGACGGUGACGGCCUUGCGCUUCUUGAACGCCGAGGCCAUGUCGUUCUGUCCAGCCCCUCCGAACUCGGGGAUCAAAAGGCUCGAUGCACCAUAGUUGGCAAUCAAGGGAGCAACACCCUUCAAGCUUCCGCCGUUGACACCGCCCUUGAUCGUGAUGUCCGCGCAGUUGGAGUACAGCUCACGGUUACCGAUGGCGUUGUUCCAGAGCCAC